AGGUUAUUUUAGAAAAAUCCUGUACGAUUAAAAAUAAUAUUUUGAUUAUUAAUUGAUCCUAUUUUAUAAUUAAAGAACUGAUGGCGGAGAUGGUGUAUCUAAUUGGUUUGCCAAAGUCGGGCCAAUCUCCUAUUGACAUAGAAGACAAAGCAGUUCGUCCUCACAGAUUCCCAUCAUUAAAUCUCAGUGGACAUUGGUUGAGAGACGGAGAUGCAACAUUGAUUAAUACUGGAAAAACAGCAAAAAUUUGUUUAAGCGGAGACAGAAUUCCUUCAUCUAUCAAGGGUGGUCCUUUAUUCACCGAUGAGUAUGAAUUUCAGGAAGUCCAUUUUCACUGGGGAAAGGAAAAUUGUUGCGGAUCAGAACACACGAUUAAUAGUACUUGGUUUUCAAUGGAAGCACAUGCAGUUCACUGGAAUAGAAGGUACGGAACUAUAGAAGAAAGCAAAAAACAUAAAGACGGACUUUGUGUCCUUGCGUUUCUUUUUCUGGCUACAGACACAAACUCUUCAUGGAGUAACCCACAAUUGGAAAUUCUAACAGAUAAUUUAAGAUACAUUAUUGAGGCUGGGUCAGAGAAAAAAGUUCCAGCUAAUUGUCUAAAAUGGAUGCAACAUUGCUUAAAGGUCCCCAGUUAUUAUACUUAUUCAGGAUCUUUAACCACACCUCCCUAUACUGAAUGUGUGGUUUGGAUUGUAAUUCCGCAACCUAUAAGAAUUUCUCCAAAUCAGAUAGAUGACUUCCGAAAACUCAGGAAUGGGGAAGAUCAGCAAAUAUUGGCUAAUGCUAGAAAGGUUCAAACUUUGCGCGGAAGACGAAUAUUUUUAGCAGUCAAUACCAUCUGAAUUUUUAAUUCCUUAAACAAUUCAAAUACAAUGCUUUAAAAAAUUACGUUAGAAUGAAAUUGUAUCAAUCUCUU